UGACCGUAGAUGACCUGCCCAGCCGCCUCAACGCCUCAUACGAACCGGAGAAUGCAGUCGUCAUAUUCGCCCAGGGAGCCGCGUUGGGGUACCCGUCGCAAAAAAUCAGCCUGAGACAUUGAGAGUGAUGCUUGAGCCCACCUUGCUGGCCUGGGCAUGCUUUUGUUGGCGCUGGUGAAUUCCUCUCCUGGUUCCUGUGGCUGUAGCUGGAUUUACCUAAUAGGCACGUUGACAUGUCGACGUCCCUGUUUGCUCGCGGCGCUGGCGCACUCUUGAAGAAACUUGAAGUUGGAGCGAGGCAAGAGCUUGGAGUGGUCUAUUCUUGCACGUCCAGAAGGGAAUUCAGCACAGAUGCGCCACCCCAGGAAUCAGGCCCAGCACCCGGAGAAAUAGGAGAGGUAUCUGGCAUUCCUGAGGAGCAGCUGCAUAGGAAGGUCCUUAUCUACUCUCCUGCGCGAACCGCCUCUCAGCAAGGUCUGUCAAAGGUCGGAAGAUGGAAGAUUGGAUUUGACAGCACGUCAAAAUGGGAGAAUCCGCUGAUGGGCUGGACAUCAACGGGAGACCCAUAUGCCAAUGUGGGGGACGCAGGGCUCGUCUUUGAGAGCAGAGAGGCCGCCAUAGCCUUUGCUACGAAGCAUGGAUGGCAGUACUCAGUGAAGGAGCCACAUCGAGCAGUAAAGAAGGUUAAAACAUAUGCUGACAACUUCAAGUGGAAGGGACCUGUUCCUGCAAGCGAGAGUGCUUCAUGACCGAAGAGUAAGACAGGUUCGACUCUAUUUGGCAUCUGACAUUUGGCAGUUACUUUUCAGCGUUCCAAAAACAGCACCAUUUUAGCGUUGCUAUAUGAAGGUGAAGGACAACAUUUAUUCCAGUGCCACGUCUCCGUGAAGCCGAUUUGACUGCUAGCAUUUGCAAGCGCGGACAUCUGCCGCUGCAGGGAAGCUAUCGGAUGUGGUGUACAACCACCGCAGGUCGUAUUGUCUGUGGCUCAGUUCCAUCGUUGGAGUCUACAGCCGACAUAAGGUUGCAUCUGUCCUCUGAUUUUCACACUCGAAGGACCGACUACCGCUCUGGGGCCAAUCGAUG